GUACAAUAAUGUAAGACACCUAAUCAUCCCUAUAAAACUCAGUCCGGACAGAGAGACUCAGUUCACUUCAAGACGCCGAGAUCCUGAAGAUGAAGUGCUUCAAGAUCCCCGUUGUCAUUGUGUUACUUCAUCUUGCGCUUAGUUUAAGUGCACCCGUCAACGAUACGAAACUGUUUAGCAAAAACGACUGGGAUCAAUGCCGGAAUUACCUCAAACGAUUUUACAACAUGACCGAACCCAAAUUGAGAACGUCCGACUCCGGGAUUCAUGAUAAGAUUAGAGAAAUGCAAGAAUUCUUUGGUCUGCAAGUGACUGGGAGCUUGAACCGAGACACUAUGGAAAUGAUGGAGAAACCCCGUUGUGGGGUCCCAGAUACGGCGCAGCUCACUCAGUCCUCACUCAGAAGUUCUCGGUGGCCGCAGAGGAGAAUCACCUACAGAAUCAGGAAUUACACGCCGGAUCUGGACAGACGAGAGAUAGACACCGCUAUUGCCCUGGCCUUUAAAGCCUGGAGCGAUGUUACUCCUCUGAUCUUUGUCAGACUGAACACAGGAGUGGCUGAUAUCAUGAUAUUGUUCGCUGCACGCGGUCACGGGGACGGUAACCCGUUCGAUGGCAGCAGUGGGACUCUGGCUCAUGCGUUUUUCCCUGGAUCGGGCAUCGGUGGCGAUGCUCACUUUGAUGAAGAUGAAAGGUGGACAUUGUCCAGAGCCGGAAUCAACUUGUUCCUCGUUGCGGCUCAUGAAUUUGGUCAUUCACUGGGACUGGGGCACUCGAACGAUAGAUCUGCUCUUAUGUUCCCCACCUAUUCGUAUGUCAAUACCAAUAGGUAUCGCCUCCCAGCCGACGAUGUCAGACGAAUCCAGGCCUUGUAUGGAGCUCAUGAAAAACCAAAACCAACACAACCACAGCCAAAACCAACCAAUCCUUCCGAUAGAUGUGAUCCCCAAAUGUCAUUUGAUGCUAUUACCAGUUCACGUGGUGAACUCUGGUUCUUUAAAGACGGAACUGUGUGGCGAAAACAACCUCGGCGCCCAGAUGUGACAUCCAGUCCAAUCAAGAAUAUUUUCCCAAACAUUCAGUCAGUUGACGCUGCAUUUGAAAUAAAGGAUAGAGAUCUUGUCAUUCUCUUCAAAGGAUCACAGUACUUUUUAAUUAGAGGACUCAGAAUGUUAUCACGGUAUCCCAGGAGCAUCCAUUCGAUUGGAUUUCCAAACUCUGCUACACAUAUCGAUGCUGCCCUGUAUAUCAAGGAGAGAAAAAAAGCAUUAUUCUUUAUUGGAGAAAUAUAUUGGAGUUAUAAUCUGAGGAGAAGACGCAUGGAAAGAGGCUACCCAAGAAGAAUAAAUUAUGACUUUCCUGGAAUAGGGAAUAAAAUAGAUUCCGCAUUUCAAAAUUCUGGCUUCCUCUACUUAUCGAAUGGACCAAUACAAUAUGAAUAUGACUACAGAAAUAAACGGGUUGUUCGUGUUUUGAAAACAUCCAGCUGGCUAAAUUGUAAUUAAUUAACAAGAAGUAUUUGCCUUAAGAACUGCCCAAUAUUUAACAGAGCAGUGUACUCUUUCAAACCAGGCAAAUUUUAAAAUUGAUUUUUAUUUGUUAUGCAAAAGAUCAUUGUGGUUUUGCUAAUUAACAUUUCUGGGUACAUAAAUGGAUUAUAUUUUCUAACAUUUUUUAAAAAGUCAGUGAUGAUUAAUCUUGUUUUCUGAUGUGAAAUAUACAAAGUACAAUUUAGAAUUAUACAAAAAUAUGGAUUGAAAUUGCUUAGAAUGUAUGUCUGCAGUAUUAUUAUGCCUGAUCUUCAUCAUUUGAAUACCAAUAAAGAACUGCUUCAUAU